UGCGGCUCGGCGGCUCCUGUUUUCAAACAUGCAUGACAUCUCGAUUUUGUUUACUUUACAUCGGCGUUUUCGAUACAAUAAAAAAUUACCUGUGGCAAAACUUCUGAUUAGAGUAUCAUCUCAAUUAUUCAUUGAAGCUGCAAAAAUAUAGCUUAAACAUUUUUAAACUAUGGAGAAACUAUGUCGCACUUGCAUAACUCGAUUAGAGGAUCAGAAGUCGUCAAUAUCAUUGUUCAGCAGCACUCGAUUCGGAGAUACGGUUGCAAAACUUCUAGUGCAGUAUUGUUUGUUGGAGAUUUCAGAACAAGACACGCUACCAAAAAACCUGUGUAUGGUCUGUAUGGAAAACUUACUAACUGUAGUUAGUUUUCGAAAAACAUGCGAGCAGUCCGAACAAACUCUUCGUCAAACGCUUGAAGUAGAAAAACAUUCCACAAAUCUGACCUGCUUGGAAUCGCUCAUUGAGUCGAAGUCUUUCGAAUACUUCGAGACUAAAAAUGAGCUUGAACUACAGAGACAAGAGGAAACAAUAGAAACUGUCGAAUUCGAAACAGAAACCAUCCAGUCGAUGCAGAGGACCGAAGAUUGCGAAUAUGCAGACCAAACUCUCUAUAAUGUUGUCGAAAUGAUGAGCUUGCGAUGUUGCGUUUGCGCUGCAACUUUCCACAACCAAGAAGAAUAUCGAGAGCAUGUUGCUAUGACUCAUGAUUUGUUUCUGGAAAAUAAGUCCGACUUUAUAAGUCCUUUUGUUUGUUCUAUGUGCAAGCAUACAUUUUCUACUUCAGAUGAGUUGAAGACUCAUCAAGGUAAAAUUUUCAUGGAGCUGUUCCAGUGCCAUAACUGUGAUGAGAUUUUCGAUACCGUUGAAAAUGUGACGCGGCAUUUCGAGAAAACUCACUCGACGAAAAAAAAUGUUUCGGAUUGUCCCGAAAUCAUUUCGUGUAUAUCAAUGAAAACAACUAUGCAUCAACAAACCAAAAACAAAAAAUCAAACCUCCGAUACUGUUGUGUAACACACUGUCAUGACUGCUUUAAUAGUGAGGCAGAACUAAUAAUUCAUGCGCAGCAAAAUCAUGCACUUAAACUAAAAUAUAAUCAAGAAAAAAAUCCUAGCAAACCGCAUCUAUGCUCCGUGUGUUUCCGAACGUUUGAUUCAUUAAAAAACUUGAAAGUGCAUCAGUUUGUUCGUGCCAGCAACGAACAAAAUAAACAUUUUGCUUGCACACAAUGUACUUUCCGAGCGGUAAGCAGAAAUCUGCUGGCGAUACAUGAACGCUCAAAGCAUAGUGGAGAAAGGCCUUUUGAGUGCAGUUUUUGUGCGAAACGUUUUUUCAGCGAACUUCAUCUCAAAAACCAUUUAGUCUGUCAUUCAUCAGAACGACCAUUUCCUUGCACAUAUUGCGAAAAAGUCUUCAGUCGCAAGCGAAAUAUGGAAGAACACAUUCGCUCUUGCCAUUCUGUUGAUAAACCGUUCCAAUGCAGCCUUUGUCCGGCUCGGUUCAAGGUGCCGCAGCAUUUACGCAUUCAUCUACGAAUCCAUUCCGGAGAAAAGCCGUACAAAUGUUCAUUCUGUGAUAACAGCUAUUAUCACAUAUCAGAUCGCAAACGUCACGAAAUGGUUCACACUGGAGAAAAACCACAUAUAUGCGGUAUUUGUGAAGCUGCUUUUACAAGAAAACGAACGCUUCUCAUCCACAAACGGACUCAUACAGGUGAACGACCUUUUCACUGUCCAAUCUGCGGAAAAGGAUUUUGUCAAAAUGCUACUUUGAAGAAGCACGUGGAACGUCACACGAAUGGCACUACCAACGGCGAGCAGAAACUGGUACUUCUGGUGGAAGUAUGCGAUGACCUCGGUGAGCAUGUUAAGAACGAAGUAGCUAAUUUACAAUGAAAUGUUUGUUUGAAAAGAAAGAUAGAUUACAUAAUCUAGGUUUAAUUUUCAAGCACGGCUACCAUUUCGGGAAAAAAUAAAUUACCUAAGUAAAAUAUUCAGUUUUAAUGCCUAUAGUUUAAUGUUUGACUGACAUGCUAUUAUAGGUUGUAAAACUGUAAUAUAUUUUUGUUCAUUAUAAGGUAAGUCCUCUAUAAAAAGACAUUUUUACAUAAAUU